AUGUAAAAAUAUUAAGAGUAAUAUGCAAAAUAAUCUGAAGAAAUUUUAGGAUUAUUUCUGGAUAUGGCAGAGGAGGGAGAAUAACCGAAAAUAAUGAGCAGAUUGAAAAAAACAUUAAAAAAAGCAUAAAAGAAUGUACAUAUUGUUGAUGAUAACAAGUUGGAUAGAAUGGAAAUGGAAAGUAUGUCUGGAGAGUAAAGACUAUAGGUUUGGCAAUAGCAAAAUGAUAUGCAUAAAACCAUUAUGGAAAUUCAAGGAUUAAGUUCAGAUUCUGAUGAUGAAGAAGAGUUCGUUUACAACGGAUCAAAGUUUAACCUCAUCAACAUGAUAGUGCUACUUUUAACUAUUGUUCUCAUCAGUCAAUAUCCAUGA